UUAUUUAUACGUAUAUAAAAAUAAUAAUGAAUAUUAGAGUUAAGUUUGGUGGUGUCGUGCCACUGGUCGUGCGGCCAGGUUUCCCUUCUGGCUUGCAAUUUCUUAUCCAAAACCAAAGCAAUGAACACUCUAAUCCCCACUUCUCCUUGCAACUUCUGCUAUAUUCCAAGCUUCUUUUCCCACACAACCGCCUUUUCCCUAAAGCUUUCCGCCAUAAAAUUCAGCCACAGAUUGCGCGCCAAUUCCAACCACCUACAAACCCAGGCAAUAGAGGAACCGAAAGAAGAAGAAAAUGGGAUAGCAGCUGAACCCCAGCAGCUAACCAAGGCGUCCUCUGCUCCUGCACUCGAUAAAGACCUCAAGAAGGUUGUUCAAAAGACUGCUGCAACAUUUGCACCAAGGGCCUCUACUGCCUCAAAAAAUCCUGCUGUACCUGGAACUACUUUAUAUACUGUCUUUGAGGUUCAAGGCUAUGCCUCAAUGUUGUUAGGCGGUGUUCUAUCUUUCAAUCUUUUAUUCCCCUCAAACGAACCAGAUAUAUGGAGAUUAAUGGGAAUGUGGUCAAUUUGGAUGUUCACAAUACCUUCGCUCCGAGCACGGGACUGCUCAAAAAAUGAGAAAGAAGCUCUCAACUAUCUGUUUCUCCUCAUCCCAUUACUCAACGUUAUAAUUCCAUUUUUCUUGAAGUCUUUUGCAGUCGUCUGGUCGGCGGAUACCAUUGCCUUCUUUGGCAUGUAUGCUUGGAAGUUGGGAUGGUUUCAGAGAAGAGACUUGGACCUAGAAUAAUCAAAUCAAGAUUUUCGGAUUGGAGUCGAAACUGUAAAAAGAAUUCUAAUGUAUAAAAGGUACAGUAAUUAUUUGAGUUCUUAUGGAAGGUAGUAAUAUAUUGUUGAUAUCCUCAAAUUUCAAA